AUGAAAUUCAUUGCACUUUUUAUGGCUUUUAGCCACGCCACUAUCACAGCUCUAUCUGUAGGCAGCCAGGGCUCCUCUUCACCUAACGCAGCAGGGCGGAACCUGCUCGACAAAGCUGCCACACUCAAGAAACGAGCAGCACUGUCAAACAGCUGUGCCAAUCACCAACAAGAGGUCAACAGCAGCCUUAGGUCUUGCGGCGCGAAAGCGACUAAAGCCGCAGACGUCAUCUCAGAAGGCCUGACAGGCAGGAAUAAGGAGCUCUUUGAUCAGUACUUUAGCGGCAACGACCCAAGCACGGUGGCGGAGAACUUUAGAAAGAUUGCUGCAGGCUGCAACCCGCAGUCAGGGAACGAGAUCACCAUCAACUGCCAACCGAAUGAGCCAUGCGCCAAUCCGGCAUGGGAAAAUCUGAUGGCCUGCAAAAGCGCAACGGCCGGCAUCGACGCAAGUUUGGAGGCGGCGGGUGCGGAGAAAGACUAG